AUGGCCACAACCGGCCUUAAUUCCAUCAGCAAACCUUUCGACACGAUGGACUCCAAGUACCACACCCACGCCUCCUUUAUCCGACCUUCAUCUCAACACAAUGCCGAUUACGACGGACCUCUCAUGGGGCGUACCUCUUACCGCUGGUCCUUCUUAGAAGAGCCGCAAGGCUGUAAACUUACCGUGGCUGAUAUCCAAGGAAGCCGAUCCACUACUGCCUGGUUUAAACCAGACGCCCCAGGUCCAUAUACACUCAAUCUGUCUGUCAAGGGACACGGCGCAACCUACGCCGACGCCAUCAAACUCCGUGUUGUGGAUGUCGAUGAUGAGAAGGACGCACAUCUUUUGAAAUCGGACGAUCUCGAUCAAGAUUUUUUUGUAAUUGGCUGCAAAUUUUCGGACAAGUCCGAUAAGCAACAAGACGCCGUUUCACCCUCUGCAUUGUCCAAGCCUUCUGCACAAAAGAAGGCUUCCGCAAAAAAACGAAAGGCAUCCAUCCCUUCCCCGGCGUCAUCUGCUUCCCAUGCUGUCAAGACUAAGGACUCGGUCUCCGAGAAGCCUCUUAAGCGUUCGAAGAACGACAUCACAGCUCUCGCAAAAGCAACAGCAAAACUAAACGUCAAGGCACAGAUCAAAAAGUCUAAGGCGAGAAAAAUGGCGGCAAAGGCCAAAUCACGAGGCAUCUUAACCAGUGAUUAUGAUGAUGAUAAUGAUGGCGAUUCAGGCGAUGACGAUGACGACGAGCAAAUAGGUGGAGGGGGCGGAUACGAAGAUGACGAUGACGACGAGUUAGACGCCAUGGACAGUGGUGAUGAUGAUGAGGACCUUGGCCCACCCAAAGAGAAGACCGAUCAGGGUGGUGAUGAAGGCGAUGAUGAGGAGGACAGGGGCGAAGGAGGUGAGGGAGAUGGAGACGAUGACAGUGCCGAUGAUGAUGAAGACGGCGAUGAUCGGGAAAAUGGAGAUCAAGGGGAAGAUCACGAUGACGAUGAAGAGUCUGACGAUGAUGAUGAGAAUCAAGAUGAAAUCGAAAUUGAAGAGGAGGAAGAGGAAGAGGAAGAAAAAGACGGAGGAGAUGCAGGCACUGGUCUCGGAGAUGACGACGAUCGCGAGGGCAACAUAGACGCCGACCAGGACGACGACCAAGACAACGAGAACGCCGUCAUGUCCGACGACAUGAAGGAUGAAGAAGAUGAUGGCGAUGGCGAUGAUGACGUAGAUCCUUCACCCCAAGAUCCUGUAGCUGCCGAGGAGGAUGAUGACGACGAUAUGAUGGACGGGGAGGAUUACGGUCAGCCACAAGAUAUCAUUCCAGAACGCGACGAAGACGACGAUGAUGACGACGAUCUCGACGAAGACGGCGGUGGAAACGAUCCAGUUAAUGACGACGAUGAUGACGAUGACGACGACGACGAUGACGACGACGAUGACGACGACGACGACGAAGGCGAGGAAUGAGACUAGAAGGGUGCCGUGACAUGGCCAUCCUAUUGCCUCUCACGAAAUUUGAGAAGCGUCAAAAUUCAGUUGCGGCACCACAGACAAACUUUGUCUUUCAAUUUAUUAAAGCUGUUGUAUCAACACCAAGUUGAGAAGUCACUGGAGCUCAGGACAUAAACGAAAGAGGGCAUCUCCCACAUCCCUGAAUGAAUCUGCACCCAGCCUUGCUGGUGCUGGUAGUUUCUCUGAUCUCACCAUCGACAUUUAACCUUUUGAUGCUCUUCAUUCGGGACAUGAGACCUAUGGGUGCGCUCGGUUUUCUUCAUCACAGUCUUGUGUUCAGCUGGGAUCACAGGAAGGUGAGGUACUGGAAGCAUUGCAGGCUGGAGCAAAGCACUGCUUCAGUCUCGACUGGGGAGAAACCCGAUUGCGCGAUGAACACUGUCUUGGGCAGAAUUAUGAAGCGGAAGCACUUCGGCACUGCAGGUAUUUGUAGCAACUCUUGCAAUGUGAACCACACGCAAGCCAGAGGUAUCAUCGUAGCUCGUGGAAAUCUCACCCCGGGGGCAAGACUAAAGACGUAUGAGGACUGCUUUAACUCUGACCGUGCUGAGAUAUACGAGCAAGUCAUUGAGCUUGUGAUUAGGAACAGGAUGGAUUUGCUAGUCAAAAGACGUCCUUUGAGACAUGUUUCAAUGUUUGUGGGCAGAGCUUUGUCCAAAUUUAAUAAGGCAGCUCUUCGUGUCUCAUAUGCACGAGCAUUUAGUGAAACGUACUAUCAUAGUUUGAUGAGAUGUCGACGGCUUCGCUAGUGGUUUAUUGGUCUUUCUUCUUACUCAAGCCGCCAGUCACAGACAAACUGCAGCUUUGCACAUGUGUUUCAUGGCCACUUUUUCUCAAUGUGUCGAUGCAAACCAUGCAAUGUUGAGGUGAUGGAGGGAACAGGCUUUUUGUUAUCCGUACUGGCGGACCACUAUUUUAUGCAUGGUUUCACUGAUUGGACAACAUCCAUGUAUUGUCUGUUCCGGUACUGAAAGACGCACUUACGCCUGUCUGCACUUACGAUCGAAGGUAGCAGACGCUACCUUCUCAACGCCAUGAGACGAACAAUUUGCAGUCUCUGUGCUCGUCCAAUUCAUGCGAAAGCAUUGACGCAUGUGUGAUACUUGAUGUUGUCCUACGAUUCUUAGAAAUACGAACUACAGUUCCACUUUUACGUACCUCUCUGGGGUCGGCUCCUUGUACUACGUCCUUGCCUGGGUAUGGCGGAGAGUGACUCAUUGUAUUACGAUGAUGCCUGGGCUAGGAAGGUAUACUCAAUUCGUAGCCGACAACAGCAUUGGUAUACAAAGGUUGUUCGUAAAGUCACGAAAACGCGUGUUUUGGCG